AUGGAUAGUGUUAAAUUGAUCAAUCGAUUAUUCGAUGUUAUUGAACAGGAUAUUAUUCCUGACACUCGAGUGACAAUUGCACGUGGUAGUUGUGUUUUUGGUGGAGCCAUUCUUAACAAAUCAGAUCUUUCAACUGUUGUUGCUACUGGUAAUGGUCAAGCAGAAAAUCCAAUUUGGCACGGUGAAAUCAAUGUUCUUAAUACACUUUGGAAAACAGAGGAUCGAUCCAAAAUACCGGAAGCAAAAAAUUGCAUAUUUCUUAGUACUCAUCAACCUUGUUCGAUGUGUCUUUCAGCUAUAACAUGGGCUGGAUAUGAUAAUUUCUAUUAUCUCUUUACUUACGAAGAAACUCGUGAUAUUUUCAAGAAAUCAGGUGAUAUUGAUAUUUUAAAAGAAGUUUUUGGAAAUGGUGAAAAUGAUCGUCCAUAUUAUAAUCCUAAAAAUGCAUUCUGGACCAGUUAUAGUAUACGUGAAAUGAUCAAUAGUCUUGAUAAGUGUCAUCCUGAUCGACAAGUUCUACUCAAUCGAAUGAAUGAUAUAUUCAAAGUAUAUGUUGAACUAUCGAACAUUUAUUAUGCUAAUAUGAAUAAACCAGUAACUAAUUAG